GCGAACUGACUGCACGGACUGUACCAUUACACCUUCACCGUGUUCCCCCUACAAAUCAGCGCAGUGGAGCCGUCCAUCACCCGGAAGAACUCUCCUCCCUGCUGACCCCUCCCUUUCCUCUGGCAGCCAGCGGCGACAAUGGCAAAAAUCAAGGCCCGAGACCUGCGUGGUAAGAAGAAGGAAGAGCUUCUGAAGCAGCUGGAUGACCUCAAAGUAGAACUUUCACAGCUAAGAGUAGCAAAGGUGACAGGAGGUGCUGCUUCUAAGCUGUCAAAGAUCCGUGUAGUCCGCAAGUCUAUUGCCAGAGUGCUGACUGUGAUCAAUCAGACCCAAAAAGAAAACUUAAGGAAGUUCUACAAAGGUAAGAAGUACAAGCCUUUGGAUCUGAGGCCAAAGAAGACCAGGGCCCUGAGGCGCAGGCUGAACAAGCACGAGGAGUCUCUGAGGACUAGGAAGCAACAGAGACGAGAACGUCUGUACGCGGUGCGCAAGUUUGCUGUCAAGGCAUAAGUCUCAUGUACUGAAUAAACUCUUGUUUGGGUAAAUUA